CGCAACAUUAAACUGCAGACCACAACUUAACAUGGGCGUCUCUGUUGUAACCCUACGUACCGUUGGUGUUGCCUUAGUGCUGUUGGUGUGUCUGGUUCGAAUCGGAGAAAGUGGAGAGUGUUGUAGGGCUAGCUACAACAUCAUUAAAACACAGGCAUCAAGUGACCAGAAAUGGUGUGAUGACUACUGUUGCUUCAUGGUGUACAAGUAUGACUGUUGUGACGACUACAAUCAACGGGCACCUGAGGACAUGAGGAUGCCAAUGUGUGUGGCCUGGUUCCAGGCGUAUUGGUAUAUUCCAGUAUUGAUUGUCCUGGCUGUUGUUGGUGGAAUCAUAUGCUGUGUGUGCUGUGUGUGCUGUCGUAACAGAAGCAACGGAGCCAUCAUGGUACCACCUCCACAAAGCAGUAUGCUGAUUGUGACCCAGCAGCAGCCACAAGUAAAUGACCAGUCCAGCAGUAAUACAAACCAAUACAAUGUGGGCUAUGACCAGUAAAGACGAGGAGCUCACAGCUCCAAAUUUCCAUCAUCUACUGCAAAAGUUGUAUUUUGGUUGUUCAAAUUUUCAAAAUUUGCCAUAAGCUUGAAGCAAAUUGGAUAUUCGCAACAAACUAUGGUUGUCACCCUUACUUGCAUUUGUUCCAUUUUGGAAAAAUAGAACUCAAAAAAAUAACAGUAAGAACAGUACAAGCUCUGAUAUGAUUUAAAUCAUAGUGUGGGGUGACCAUCCUAUUGAAAAGUGGUUUUUUAUUUAUAAAUUCUCAAAAUUAGAAGGUGUUUAUAUAUAUAUUGAACAUUUGAUAAUGAAAAGUUCUACAAUACAUAACUGAAAACGGGAUAGGAAGUUCAGAUCUGCAAUAUACAAGAAUAAUUUGAAGAGGAUUCUGAUGUUUUUAACCAGUUUAAUAUAUGUUUGACGAUAUAUCUCACUACAGCCAUUUGAUUUUUGUAUAUAAACACUAAGUUUCUAUUGAGUACCUGCUUACUCUCAUUUCAUAGUUUAACAAUGUAGUACAUUUUAUUGGGAUUCAGGUUGUCGACUUCUUCAUUCAUUUCAGAUCAUUGUUAAACAAAGUAUGUAAUAAGUACAGUAUACACUGCUUCCAUUUUGUUUUUUGUUCACCAAAGAUCAAAAUGAUUUAAAUCUAAGAUGUCACCAUAAUUUUAAUAUCCUCUAUGUCCUAUAACACCGAAAAAGAUAAAUCGAUAAUUUACUUCCACUAACACCUUGACUUGACACUGUGCGUCAAAAAAAUGUCAAUUACCAAAGUGAUUAGACCUAUUCCCAAACACACAAUUAAAAAACCGCGAUCAGGUGAAGAGAGUUGAUAUGAACUCUUACCAAACCUUGAUCUGUCAUCUUGAGUCAGGAGAUCAGAAUUGAUAUGAAAUCUUACCAAACCCUGAUUUCUCUUCCUGGGUCAGGAGAUCAGAAUUGAUAUGAAAUCUUACCAAACCCUGAUUUCUCUUCCUGGGUCAGGAGAUCAGAGUUCAUAUGAAGUCUUUCCAAACCCUGAUUUCUCUUCCUGGAUCAGGAGAUCAGAGUUCAUACAAAGUCUUCUCUAACUCCCUUUGACAUGGACAUCAUGGAUCAAAUGAUAACUUUGAUCUUGGCAAUGUUGCAUAAUAUGACGUUUUCCUUAACAUGACUCGACACCCUGGGACUUAAGAAUUCAUGUAAACAUGAAGUUGUCUUAUGGAAGAAUUCAGAAAAGAUAUCACUCAUUUUCCUUGAUUUCAUAUUGAUAGAUAUCACCAUGAAAUUCAAUGACAUCUUGGAUAAGACAACAGUUCAAGUUUUAUUUUACAUUACAAGAAAAAUUGGGAAAAAAGACCAAGUACAGAUUAAUAAUGUCGAGUAAGGGGCAUGUUUAUGUAAUAUGCGUCCUUGAUGACUGUUUUGUUUCGUACUUAUCAGAAACAGGAUUCCACCUUUCUUGAUCAUGUUUAAUUAUUAUUCAUUAAAUGACUAAUCUGUUUAUUUGAUAUGCUCUUAAUCUCAAAGUCAUAAGUGAAACAAGUUUUUUUAGAUUUUCAUCUUUGUUGGAAGAUGAUACUUGCAUGUAGUUUGGUUAAGUGGUUAGGACUGUUAGUUUGGUAAUUGUAUUUAAUGAAUUAGUGCUAUUUCUUCUAGUGUAGGAAGAUAUUAAGAUUUAUCUUUCAUAGAACGUAGAUUUUGUUUUCAAUCAACAGAUUUUGAUUCGUAGAAUUAUUGACAAGUUUUCAAUAUAUGGCUUUAUGAGUAUGUAUCUAUAUGUGUAAUUAGAGGUUAGAAUGAUUCUGUUGUUUGAUGUUGAUACUGUUUGUGAGCUAGUUGUAACCACCUCCUUUGGCAGCUUUGUAACAUCCUUCAGAGUAAGGGAGGAUUCAUUGAUAACUAGAUCUGAAAACAAAUAUUUAUACAGUAAACCAUAGGCCUAGAGAAAAGAUCCUUCUCUACGAUCAUAGUGUGACCUUACUCUACAUUUGUGUGUAAUUUAUUCUUUAUAUGACUUGAUUCACUUGUUACCACAAAAAUAAGUAUGGACAUUAUUUUCAAUCCAUGAAUUGCAGAAAAGAGAAAAAGAAGAGAAAAGAACAAAUACACAAGAUGUUGGCUGUCCGACAGCCUUCAUCUCCCUUGUUUAUAUGAUCAUUAAGUACUGUAAUUAUAUUGUUUUGUGAACAAUUAUUUCUGCACCGCUUUUUUUUGUAUAUGUUGUUCAUUGUAAGAAAUAACAAAAAGGGUUGUUAAAUUUUUUUCCAGCUAUGUUUCAUUUGUCAUGUGUUACACCAAAGAAAUUUAAUUGAGAAAAUGAUGAUAGUAAUUCAUUGAUACAAUAUUACCAUUAACUUUCAGAUCCCAUAAUUAGCAAAACUAGAAAUUUAGUAGACCAUGCCACAAAAUUGCCAAUCUGUUGGAGUAUAAUUGAAACUAAUCACUCAAUGUUGUGCAGUGACAUAUUUUGAAUGCAAUAUUUGUCUACAUAUCGUAAAAGGUCUUAACUUCAGUGUAUACAUUUUAUCCCAAUUAAGGUUCACAACAAACAACAACAUGCUUAGCAACUUAUUUUAUGGAGUGGAGAAAUGUCCGUAAUUAAGAUACAGGCCUCAAAAAUCUACAUUGACACACAUUUGAGCUUUUGGGUUUGGUGGGCUGAAAGGAGUUGAUAAUAUUUUCUGUUUCACAUAGAUUAUACUAUUAAUCCCUUUCCUCUAAUGUACGGAACGUUUACACUUCAAUAAAUAUGUUCCUGGAGUCUCAUUUUGAUUUUAACACACUUUUUUAAAGAUGUAGCAUUUAUGAAUUGAUUUUUUUUUUUUAGCACGCAAAGUGAUUUUGCACAUAUUUUUUGAUGUUUUGUUCACUUUGAUUAUGUAUAUUUACUAAUAAAGUAGUGUUGACUA